AUGUCCAGGAAAACGCUGGCUAUGAAGAACCCAGGAUGUUACAGAGGGAACCUCCUGACUGUGGUCUCUGUGUCUUACUACCGCCAUUUACGCACACCGACGAAUAUCUUCAUAGUUUCCUUGGCAAUGGCCGACCUGUUGGUGGCGGUAUUGGUGAUGCCCUUCAGCCUAGUGCGCACGGUGGAUCGCUGGAUGUUCGGGAAGCCGGUCUGCAUCGCCCACUCACUGUUAGACAUGGCAUUUUGCACCAGCUCCAUCUUCAGCCUCGUGUGCAUUGCUCUGGACCGCUACCUAGCCGUGUGUGACCCCCUACGUUACUCUACCCGCAUGUCCCGACGCAAGAUCUCCUGCCUGCUGCUUCUCUCUUGGUUCGUCCCCGUCGUGGUGUCCGGCCCCAUUGUCGCACUUGGCCAGGUCGUAGACGAGCACGCUAAGGGCCAUGGGCCCACUAAAUGCGUCUUCGUGAUGACUACCCCCUUUGCGGUCCUGGCCUUCACAGUAAGCUUCCUCCUGCCCACUGUCUUCAUGGCUACCGCAUACUGGAAGAUCUUCAUGGUGGCCCAGAAACAGGUCAGGCGGAUCAACACGGUGGAGAACCAAGUUACCGCGUUCCAGUUCCAUCCUGACUCUACGGCACGUAGGGAGAGGAAAGCAGCCAAGACCUUAGGCAUCAUCCUGGGAGCAUAUCUGCUAUGUUGGCCACCCUUCUUCAUCGCCAACUUGGCCCACCCUCUUCUGGGGUCCAGCAUCAACUCGUGGGUGAUGGAGGUCGUGCUUUGGCUCGGUUACGCCAACUCCGCCCUGAACCCCAUCCUCUACGCCUUUUUCAAUGCAGCUUUCCGCCACGCCUUUGCCAACAUCCUGGGCUGCCGGAGGUGCGUUCCAGGGCCCCAAGAUGGUCGACUCACCCCCCCGAAUCGCAGCAGGCACAUGGGCUCCGAGAUGGUGACGGUCUCCGGCUGAGAUGGCCGUUGCCAUAGCAGUGGAGA